CCGCUAACGAACUCUCACUAGUUUCUGCUUGCAACUCGUUCGAAACAAGUAGCCGCAGCUGACCGUUGUGAAUAUGGCGUCGAAAAGCCACUCUUUCGAUUCAAACUGCAUGACUUUGACGAGAUUCGUGCUUGCGGAGCAACGACACUUUCCGACGGCCACGGGAGAUCUUAGUCAACUAUUAAAUAGUAUUCAAACCGCUGUUAAGGCGGUUAGUUCCGCGGUGAGAAAAGCUGGAAUUGCUAAUAUGUAUGGAAUAGCCGGGAAGUCGAACGUUCAAGGUGAAGAGGUAAAAAAGUUGGACGUCCUGAGUAACGAACUAUUCAUCAAUAUGUUAACGUCCUCAUACACAACGUAUCUUCUCGUGAGCGAAGAGAACACUAACGUCAUCGAAGUAGAAACCGAGAAACGUGGAAAAUACAUAGUGUGCUUCGAUCCGUUGGACGGAUCCUCCAACAUCGAUUGUUUGGUAUCGAUCGGUUCGAUCUUCGGCAUCUACAAGAAACCAGACAAUGUGACAGGUUCCGUGGAAUCGGUGGUUCUUCAACCUGGCAGAAAUUUAGUUGCAGCCGGUUAUGCUCUUUACGGUUCCGCUACGAUGAUUGUACUCUCGAUUGGUCAAAGUGUGAACGGUUUCACUUAUGAUCCGGCCAUAGGGGAAUUUAUUUUGACCGACAAAGAUAUGUGCGUUCCAUCCAGAGGAGAAAUUUACAGUAUUAACGAAGGCAACGAAAGCGCUUGGGACGAAUCUAUCAGACAAUAUACACGUUCAAAGAAGUAUCCUGUUAAUGGGAAACCAUACAGUGCGAGGUACGUGGGCUCCAUGGCGGCUGACGUGCACAGGACAAUCAAAUAUGGAGGAAUAUUUCUUUACCCGGCGACCAAAAGUCACCCAAACGGCAAGCUUCGACUUUUGUAUGAAUGUAUACCAAUGGCAUACAUAUUGCAAAAAGCUGGUGGCUUGGCAUCAAAUGGAGAAAUUGAUAUCUUAGAUAUUGUGCCUGAGCAUAUUCACCAGAGAUCACCACUAUUUCUGGGUUCAAAAGAAAAUGUUGAAGAAGUUUUGCAAUAUAUCAAGAAGUACAAAUCAUCAUAAAGAAUAAUUGUAGAGACUGAAUGAAACAACAGACAACAUUUUAUAGAAUUUUUAUUUACAGGUAUAAUUUGUUAAUGCUAUAAAAGUGUUUUUGUAAAUCAAAAGUAUACAUUCAAUAUUUGUUAUUGAUAUUUUUUAAUGUAAUUUCACUUUUAUCAUUUGUAAAACCGUUUGUAAAGUCAUAUUUAUAUUAUGUACAUGUAUUUAUAUUAGGUAUUAAAAAUAUAUAAAAAUUGAAAUUGCGCUUUUGUGUCUAAAUUCAGUUUGUUCAACAAACUGAGCUCGAAUAGCAGAAACAUUUCAAUUGCAACCUAAAUAUAAUAUUAUUCUGUUGCUGACUAUAGAUGCACUUCACAAAUUAAAUUUUGUAUUGAAAUCAA